AUGAAGGAGGAUGUACGGUACAACGGUGCCACAGGAGGCGCCCUUGGCAACACCGGUGCUAAUGGCGCUACCGGCAACGGCAACAAUUUGCAUCCCGCCCUGAUGCAGCUCCAACACAACGGUGGUGGCAAACUGGUGGGAAGCAGUAACGGCAUACACGGAACUGGUGGUGGCAGUCCAACGUCCGCUACGUUGAACGGAAACGGACCGACUGGCACCGGCAAUCAGACACCGAUCCCGGCGACGAUCGUUCCCGGUGGCAACGGUGGCAACAGCAUUCUUACGCAGGCUGGUCUCGAGGAGUACAGUCGAUCGUACUACGAGCAGACGACGAUGUAUCACCACCAGAAGCAGUCAUCCUACGCUCAGUCCGAGGGCUAUCAUAGCUACGUGUCGAGUUCUGACUCCAGCUCGACGCCGUUCCUUGAUCGACUGCGCCAGGAUAGUGAGCUGCUUCUGUCACGUUCAACACACAACUGGUCCCAGCAGGACCUGCAGCAGCUGACGUCCUCGACGAGCAGCAGCAUCGGCGACAACCACAGCUCGGCGGAAAGCAACAGCUCCUCUACGGAAACGCUGAAAUGGCUCGGUUCGAUGAGUGACGUGUCCGUGGCGAGUCAUGCGACCAGUACGUCCGCGCUAUCCAGUGCCGGUUCAACCUCGCAGCUGAUCGCGCACAGUUCGCGCGUCCGCACGCCCCAACGGCACAACUCGGAGAGCAUCCUGUACAUGUCGAACGAUGACCAAUCGUCCAUGGGCGGUGUGUCCCAGUCGACGGGUUCGCUCCACAAUCACAUGCUGACGCACCGUCAACAGCAGCAGCAGCAGCAACAGCAACAUAACCAUCACUUCCAUCGGCAGCAGCAGCAUCGGCACAGUCAUUUGCACAUGAACGGUGCCAACGGCAACAACAAUCAUCACUCGCCACCAGCAGCAUCGGGUGUGGCUAGCACUGGAUCAACGUCAACUGCCCCGACAACUCCAACAACACCGGGAGCCACGACCAGCUCGAUCCCUCAGCAACCGUCCCCAACGGGCCCGUCUACGCAAUCGUCCGGCACCGCUCCGAACACUCGCUCUAGUCGUAGCAAUAAUCGAUUGUUUCCUAUCAGCACGUACACGGAACCGCCCGGUAGCGGUGGGCCAACAUCCGCCAACGGUGGUGGGCCAAUGGUCGAUUUCAAGCAACUCAAUUCCCACAACUGGCAAUCGGUGGCGGAACGCAUAAACGAGCUGGAGAAGCACCAGCAGCAACAUCACGGGAUUAAUCUGCACAGCAGCAGCACCUCGAAUCUGAAUGGUGCCGGUGGAAGUGGUCCGAUCGCGAACAAGCCUCAUUUAAGUCAGCUGAAUUUGUCCGCGGCGUCAGUGGGUGCAGCUACAACGGCGGGGCCACAAAACGCCUCGUUGACAUCGCCAGGGAAACAGCAGCGGUACACCUAUUUCGAUCCAAGCAAAACGCACCGUGUGUCGAACCCAUCGCUCAAGGCGUUUCAAAAGAACGCCGUCAUUUCGUACUUCGAGCGACAACAGCAACACGCUCGUGAAAGCAUCCAUCAGCGGCCGAGCUCGCUCAACCUGUCGGCGACAUCGGCCGGAAAUGGUAACAGUGGCGCCCCCGGUGGAGGAUCACCUGGUGGAUCAUCCGGAUCGCCACAAUCGGCGUCAAAGUCUGGAUCUGGUGGGAGCCCACCCGGUGUAUCGACUCCGCACUCCCAGCGUUCGUCCAUAUCCAGUGCGUAUUCUUCGGCCACCGGGAGCAUGAUGGAGCUUUCGAAUGGAGCACUUUCGAUGGGUAGCUACUCACCGCCCAGUAGCCUUGCUGUGCAGCAGCAGCUGGAUAAGCUGGCGGUGAACAACUUGCGCAAUCAGCUCGCAUCCGUGCACACGAUGAACCUGCUGAACAAGGUUGUGCCUCCACCGAGCGUCCAAUCGAGUGGAUCGCUUGUUGAUCAGCAACACCAGCAUCACCACCAGCAGCAGAUGAUCAGCAAUGCAACGUUGAUACUGGCGUCUGCAGCAACAAACGGACUGCCGAGUGCUCCGGGAAGUUGCUCGGACAUGAUGAACGAUAACCAUGACAUGAUAUCGACGUUGGAUGGUGCACCGCCUCCACCGCCACCGCCACGGAACCGUGCAUCGAUGUUGCCGAUGACUGGGAGUGCGGUUCCGUUCUCUCCUGCCGCUCAUAUGGCCACUGUUAGGAGGACAUCAUCCGCUUCGGAGUACUCCUCCAUCCGGGAUAAGCUUAUCCAGCAGCGCCAGCAACUGUCGAAGGAUCUACUGGGCCCGAUGAUAAUGGGUCCGAUCAUAGCGCUCGAUGAUUGGGUACCGGAGCGUCCACCCAAGAAUCCUAUGCUUCGAAUACCGAGCCCCGAACUGCCACCACCUCCUCCUGUGCUUACACCGACUGAGGAUGUGUUGUUGAUCAACCAGGACGAACCAUUGCCGCCACCACCACCAGAGCUGCUGCGUCACAUGCGCCAGUUGAGCGAUUCCGGUGAUUGUCGGUCGAAUUCUGCCAGCCGGCGGAACAGUUUCGCUGGGCAAACGAAUAAAAAGAGCCUUUACCGAGCGUCGACGUUCGAAAAUCUUUCUCCGGCCAACGGUCCUCCGGCGUCUCAGCAUCUGCAAAAUGGCAGCUCGACCGGUCACAUCGCCGUGGUGCCUCCGAUGGUGCCGAAGAAGCCACAGCAAAGCUCGCCUGGUGCGGAAGCACCGGCAAGCGUUCAUCGUCGCCCGGCAUCGAGUAUGGCGAAAACACAAACCGUUCCUUCGAUGGCUUCGACCGUUAGUGGUGCACCGGGUGGUGUUGGCAGUGGAAUGCAGCAAAUGCAUAAUCACCACCAUCGGUUCUCGCAUCAAAUGGUGCCCAACGGUAGGCCACUCCAGGAGCAACAACCGCAACAUCAUCGCCUUUCGUUGCCCUUGCAACAAACGCACGCGACAUCGAUGGUGCAGACUGGGCUGAUGAUGGCUUCCGCUUCGCAACAGCCACAGCAGCAGGCCACGUUCGUCGCCGGUAGGCAAUCGGAUACGCGCAUUUCCGUGCGCAAGCGAGCCCACAACUCGCAACAGAUACCGGUGUCCGAGUAUCUGCUGAAAAUGAACGGGGCAGCGCAGAAUGGCACAACGCCACCGCCACUGAAACCGCGAAUGCCGGUGCAGCCGCUGGCUGAGUGCAACGGGCAGCAACCAACCUUGCAGCAGAUGCAGCAGCAGUUCCUGCAACACCAGCAUCAGCAGCAGCUUCAACAGCAGCAGCAGCAGCAGCAGCUUAUCUCGAUGGGAAGCAAAAGCUACUCCAGCAAAGAUUACUACGUUUACCACGUGACAAAUCCUCCUUCUCCGGUAUCGAUUCGGCCGGAUGAUCGAGGCAAACGCUCCGACACCGGUGGUACGCCCGUUUCCUAUUCCCUAAACUGUCGUCACGGUGGAAACUACGCGGUUAGCAGCGAUGACGACACCGGUGGCGUCGAUGGCGAGGAAGAGUACGGCUCUUUGUCUGCCUGUUCCGUCGCAUCGUCUUCUUCCUCUGCGAGCCAUUCGGCUUCGCGAAACUGGCUGGAGAUUUUGAGCCCAAAAAUACCUAUCCCUUUCCGGGCGAAGCGUACUAUCGACUUAGCGAGCAACUCGAAGGCAUCGUACCUGCCGAGGCAGCCGCGCGAUAAGCUGCACUCCGACCCGGACCAUGGCAGCUACAAGCUGACGCUCACCUCCAACGAGGACUGCAUCAACCACAACAGCAACGGUGUCGGUGGGGGUGGAACUACCACCCACACGAACGGUGGAGCCGCUGGUGGGCACGACGCUUUUCCGGAGGAAAUCAUCACCUCACCCAAGUGCAACCUGCCGGACGUGCUUCCGCCCGGUGUGAAGUAUUCGCUCUACUCCACCAACACCACCACGAACAACAACAACAACAACAACAACAACAACAGUAGCAACAUCAACAACAACAACAGCAUCAACAGCAUCAACAACCAUCAUAAACCGAAGCACGGAAGCCCCCACUCGGCACCGAUCAUCGCGACCGCCAACAGCCUCAAGUCGCUGUUCAACUUUAGCAGCUCGUCCUCGGUGCCGGAAGCGCGAUCGGAUCGCGACCCAGUGGUGUCCCUUCCGGCCCCACCACCCCCGCUGGCGUUCACCGGCAACGGUGGAAACUGUAGCCCACCAUUGGCGCAGCUGCAGGCCACUUCACCGAAGUACACGUCCCAGUCAUCGUUCGAUCUGAAGAAAACGCAAAUCCUUGACACCGGUGAUGUGCAUUGUAAUGGGUACCAUCACACGCACAGCAACGGCUCGAUCGGACCGGGUGUCCUGGGACUUCCGGUGGUUCCCAACGGCACGCUCACUUCGGUCGCAUCCAUCAACCACACCGUGGUGGACGAUGCGGACGGUGAAGUAACCCCACAAGGGGAUGAUGCCGUACCACCGCCACUUCCAUCAACACCUUCACCGGCCCUGAACGGUACACCAACCGGCGCCAACUGCCUCUGGCCGGCGGCACCACAAACUGUACAUAAUUGCGUGGAAAACUCCGAAAAAUCGGCCAAUUUCGAGCAGCAGCAACAGCAACAGUGGAACUGUGGCAUGAUGGUUACCGUUUCCCCAGCGGAUGGUGGCCCACCGGCGAUGGAGUGUACCGGCGAUGGCCACGACGGCCGUGGUAGUGCAGUUUCAUCCGCCAGUCUGUCCACACGUGACGAUGCGCCUUCGCUGCCGUCGUCCAACGUUGUCGCGCCAGUGGCCAAAGAGCAGACCGGUGAAAGUUUCCCAAACCAACCGGUGGCCGUAAGCAACGAGCACGAUCGUUUGGGGGCACCAGGAUCACCACCACUACCUGCCGGUUUCGAGCGUGUGACGAAGGAAAUCAACCUUCCGGAGAUCGUCAACGGUAAAGAGGACACGGUUAAGGAUCCACCGGCACUCCAGCGCACGGAGAUUGUGCUGCGUGUUCAAGCACCCACAUCCGAAGCAUCCUCACAAACCGACGGGGAAGAUAGUGGGGGUGUGUGUCGGGGUGUGGCCGAGCUAACGAUCGAUUGUGGUCGGAAGGUGGAAGUCGAUACGGUUCCAGUGCUGUCCACAGUGAGCUACGGUAGCCAGCAUCUGGCGAAUGGGACGGUUUCGGUUGCGACGUCAACGACGAAUAGUCCGCUAGGAUCACCACCAGCACCGGGAACGCCACCUAGCGGUAGGGAUAGUGGCCAGCGGGCUUUCGUGGGCGUGGAACCCUCGACACCACCGCCACCAGUACCACCACCGACACCACGCAAGCUGCACCCGGAGGAGAUCGAUUGUGAUAAGCUGUCGCACGAUCUCGUCAGUCAACUGUCGCCGUCCGAUAAGCUGCACACCAUCCUGGCGCCGAAAACGUUCAAAUCCUCAUCGGACUACGUGUCCGAUCUGUUCAACAUCCAGAUUGCACCCCGGCCGCUCAAAAAGGAUGCAUCGACCGCAACGCCAACAGACGGUGGCGGUUCACCGAAAAGCCCGCUCGAUAUUCUGACGUCCAGCUCGACCUACUUUCAAAUCUCGGAACCGAAGGCCAAGCUGAUGACGCGCUACAGCCGCGAGAUGACCCUGAUCAACGGUGAUUGCUGUGAUCUGACCAAGAAGAAGGAGGAACUUGUCCAACGACUUGGCAAAAAGCUACUAGUCCUGACGAACGAGCAAACGAACAUCGCGGAGGAAAGCAACGCGAACGAUCUGCUCGGUAACGACGUCGCGCUGAAGGUGACACAAAAGGUCCGCCCAACGGACGCCUCCAAGUUCCGAUCGUACAUCGAUGACGUCGGCUACAUCACGAUGCUGCUGCUGUCGCUGUCUGGCCGGCUGGCCCGAACCGACAACGCGCUCCACACCAUCGACGCCAACGAUCCGGAUAAGAAGAUCCUGGAGGCGAAACGGGAGCGACUGCUGGAGCAGCUCGAGGAGGCGAAACAGCUGAAGGACGACAUCGAUCGGCGUGGGGCGACGAUCGCGCGCAUCCUCGAGCAAACGCUCACGAUCGAGGAGUACGCCGAUUACGAUUACUUCAUCAACAUGAAGGCGAAGCUGAUCGUCGAUUCGCGCGAGAUCGCGGACAAGAUUAAGCUCGGCGAGGAGCAGCUGGCCGCGCUGAAGGACACACUGGUGCAGAGCGAGUGCUAG